AUGGAAAAAGGAAACACUACAGCACAGCAAACUACGACAGCAACACUUCCCAUUACCGAGCAUUACAACAAAGUAGCGCACACCAUAAACAUGUCGCCCUCUGAAAGCCUGCCGCCGAAAAGUGUUGCUUUUGAGCUCCUAUUCACACAGUCAUCUCAACAUAGAGCGCGCAUACCCAUGAGAGUACAGAUAUUCCCACAUGAUACUACUGACUCAAUCGUCACUACAGUGAAGAACUUUUACGGUCUAUAUCCGACUCCUAAUUGUGCGAAAGGCGUAAGCUUCGAGGAUGAAGAUGGGAACACCCUUAUUGCUAGAUACGAAAACUUUCAGAAUAACAUGGUUAUUUAUGUUCGUGUUAUCAAUGAGCCAGUAACACACACAGAAUCAAAUGGCUCGUCCGAAUGCCAGACUGGAUCAUUAACCCCUCAGAUCACACAUUUUGUUAGUGAAUCGCAUCAAAUGCCACCGCCUGAACCAGCACAGGACUUCAGUUACAGCCCAUUGCUAUCAAGACCAAACUCCAGGACGUCCCGAAAGCGUAGUCCAUCUCCCAACCACGGGCGUAGUCGGCGCAGCGCAUCCACAAAUACAAAUCCGCCCCAAACUAAAAAAAAUCGAGGUCAGAACGGCCCAAAAUCUCGAGGAUUGAAUAUACACAAUCACUGGACUGAGUACCAGAACGAAUUCUCUUCGAGUCACUUUGACAGUGACGAACAUUCAACUUUUACGUCGAACAGGAAUAAGAGUGAGCAUAUCGGCAGUACAGAAAUUAGCUUGGAUAAUAUAGUUGAGGGGGGCCGGCGAAAACGGGCCAAAUUCGAGAGCAGUGAGCUGCCUUUAUUUGCCCCACCUCAAAUGCCAGCUGCCGCAUCAAAUUCAUCUAUAUCACCCUCGCGUCGUAUCGAUAGCCAGCGCUCCGUAAUUUACACACCUUCUAACCCGCAGCAUCCAUUCUCAAACCCCCAACCUCUCCAUUCACCAAAGAGUUCUAGCAAUGGUUUAAAACAGACUACCACAUAUCCAACACCUGCUACUGAAAACCGACGCACUCGUGGCGAUAUUUCUAGUCGUCAAUCUUUAAACAGUACGCCAAGUUGCAAUAGUUCUAGCAUAAUUCCUACACCUGAUCCGACCGUAGGUAGCUGUAUGUCGGAAGAAGACAGGGAUGUUGCCAUACAGCUCAUGCGACUGGGUGAGUGUUCAACUAGCUCACAUGGACGUACUUCUGCUUCAACACUCGACGAUAAUUUUAGCGGCAAGGCCGACGCUACCUCUUCCACAGGCAUUGCUAGCGAUUGCGAAAGUGAUCUGCGGCUUGAAAUACCUCCCAGCAAUCGAGUGAAGCGCGAGACAAGCUUAUCGCUACCAUUAAAUAUUACUAAAAGGUACCGUCCCCAUCAGCCAGAUACUGGACCAAGCCAAGAUAGCCCUGAAUUAAGUUGCGACGAUAUUGAGUAUGAAGACAUAGAGGACGAGACUUUUAGGCUGGGAGCUAAGGGAAAUUCAUCUGAUGCAGAUCAUCAAAUUAGGCACGUUACUUCUAAAGGCAAAAGCCACGUAACUUCUAAUAGCAAGUUGCGGACAAGUACCUCUACUACCAAGACAUCCAAAUCCAGUAGGUCCAAAGUACAAAAAACUAGUCACAGUAAAGUGAAGAAAUCUGUGAAUAUGAGUUAUGGAAAGCCGAUUUCGCCAGACUCGUUGCCUACGCAAUCGCGCAAGACUUCUAAUGCAUCAACUACCAACAUGCUGUUCUCAACAGGUGGAGAAGAAGAGGACCUUUCCUCCAAACCUCGUUGCCAGCGUUGCCGCAAGAGCAAAAAGGGCUGCGACCGACAACGUCCUUGCCAGAGGUGCAAAGACGCUGGUCUCAGUGCUGAUCAAUGUGUCAGUGAAGAUGAAGGAAACGGGCGUAAGGGACGAUAUGGACGACAUAUGGGCGUUCCAGUUCGGAAAGAUGAAACUGGAGUGAAUCUGGAACUUCAGCCAGCAACUCAUGCCGUCAGGGGCCAAGGAAGCCCGAGUAAGAAACGAAAGCGAUGA